CCGGCUCCUCCUCCUUCCGGAGGCUGGGAGGCCGACUCCCUCCGCUGGCCGAGCUUCCCGGCCCCCUGGCGUACCCCCUCGGCCCGGCGGCGGACCCAGGGCGCUGCCAUCGCGCCCGGGACUCCCCGCGGGCGUGGGAAAGGGAAGGACGCGAGGCCGUGCCCCGGGCCUGAGAGCCCGGGCUGAGGGCAGGAGGGAAGCGGGGGCCCGGGGGGCGCGCAGCCACCCGCGCAGCUGCUUCCCGGGCUCAGGCUGCGUUCGCAGCGGGCCUGCCUGAAAGGCCGCGCGAGGCCGACCCGCCCGUGAUGCCGGCCCUCCCUCCGGCCCCUCCGAGGAGCCCGGGCCCCCGCGCCCGCCAAGUGCGCUCUCGGCCUCACGCUCCCAAGGAACUGACCGGACGGGCCUCGCCACCGCAUACUUUUCCGUUAGAGAAGCCGCCACUCCACAUCCCAGAAUUAGGAAGGAGAAACAAAGUCGGUGUUCACCGGGAUAAUUACGAGAAAGUCCGGGUUUUAAGAAAUGAGUGAUAAAAUGGUGACGUAAAGACAGGAGAAACUCGCACUGAAGAUGUUGGGGGUUCUUUUCAGACGCUUCCCCUUAAGUACUGUGUGGACGGCAAGGGGGUCGGCUCAGCCCUGAAACCGAGCGGCCACGAGAGCUCGUAAAGGCCGCGUAAAGUAGCGGGAGCCCGUGAAGAGGUGCUGGGAGGCGUCCGUGUCAGAGCACACAGCCCUACGCUUAAAGCCUCCGGCCGUUGGAGCAGCGCAACCGGACGGAUUUCCUCUCGGAACGCGGUUUCCGCGAGCGCUGGUUUCCUGUCGGAGCCGGCCCGGCGGCCGCCUCCCCUCCUGCGCAGGCGCAGUGCUUCCUCAGGGCAUGGAAGUGGUGGGUCUGCUGCUGUGUUUGGCGGCGGUGGUCCUGGCAUGGGGCUUCCUCUGGGUUUGGGACUCCUGGGAGCGAAUGAAGAGUCCGGAGCAGCCUGGCCUGCCGGGAGCCGGAAGCCGGACUCUGUUGGUGACCGCGCACCCCGACGAUGAAGCCAUGUUCUUUGCUCCCACCGUUCUAGGCUUGGCCCGCCUGCGGCACCAGGUGUCCCUGCUCUGCUUCUCCUCAGGAAAUUACUACAAUCAAGGGGAGAUUCGUAAGAAGGAACUUCUGCAGAGCUGUGAUGUUUUGGGGAUUCCACCCUCCAACGUAAUGAUUAUUGACAACAGGGAUUUCCCAGAUGACCCCGGCGUGCGGUGGGACACCGAGCGGGUGGCCGACGUCCUCCUCCGGCACGUGGAAGCCAGCCGCAUCAACCUGGUGGUGACCUUCGACGCGGGGGGUGUGAGCGGCCACAGCAACCACGCCGCUCUGUAUGCUGCUGCCAGGACCCUGCACGCAGAAGGGAAGUUACCUAAAGGGUGCUUGGUGCUCACGCUCCAGUCUGUGAACCUGCUGCGCAAGUACCUCUCACUGCUGGACCUGCCCUGCUCCCUGCUGCUCGCCCGCGACGCCCUCUUCGUGCUCAGCCGCCGAGAGGUGGCCCAGGCCCAGAAAGCCAUGUCCUGCCACCGCAGCCAGCUGCUCUGGUUCCGCCACCUCUACGUGCUCUUCUCCCGCUACAUGAGAAUCAACUCCCUGCACUUCCUCUGAGCCGGGCAGGGCUCUCAGACCCAAGGAACAGAGAGAAAAACGGCCGGGAGCCCGGGGUGUGUCUGGAGCGACUCAUCUCCCGGAGCCAAGGAGAUCCCAGCGUAAGGCUGCGUCCCGGGCCCGUCUCCUCCAAGCUGCUCGGCCUCUAAGCAAAGGGAGGCCCCGCAGGCCAAUGGGCUGUCCAGACUUGAGCUUCUUCCUCUGGGGAACAAAGCCACAACCACCGGAACACACACCACCCGAGGUCAAUAGCCACCCCGCGAGCUUCUCAAGCUCUUGUGUAAGACAAUUUACAUAACGGCACGAUGUAUGUCAGCCCCCUAACACAGACACGCAAUUGUCAUAAAUGAAUGUAAAGUGCCCUGAAAUCCCUUCUUAAAUGCACUGUAUUUUUACCUUGUUUCCAAAGCGGGCUCAUCAGACAUAAACACACACAAAAGAAUGGUCUAUACUGAAUUAGUUCAACCAUAAUUCCUUGGAUUUAUCUUUGUGGCCUACCUAUCAGAUUUGAAUCUAGGGAAGACAUGUCCUUUUAACGGCAUACCAUCAAAUAUCUCACUAUCAGUCUUUCGGGAGAAGCAGGAAAUAGGAAGAGAGAUCUGGAGCUUAACACUCAAGAACCUAUGUCCUAAAAUGGUGCUACAAACAGAAGGGCAGCAAGGGGUCUGGCUUGGAAGCUAUUCCGAGUCCAGCUGGUGGUCCAGGAAGUGGCCCAAAGAGGGGAAGCUCCAAUUCAGAAAGAGAGAAGACAAACGUGCCGUUACUGGGAACAGAAUGGAUAGGACAGCCACAAAAAUGGAAGAGACUGAGAAAACUAUAGGAGAUGCUAUGCACAGACCAGGGCAACAAAACUGAAAAUCGAAAGGAAAUGGACGGCUUCCGAGUACAUGCUGGACCACCGCCAGACCCUACCGUAAUGUCACAGAUAGGGUCCGAACACUUCAAUCCCAUAAAAUGCAGGGUUGCAUCACUGCAAGAUGAAUGACAACCAGUUUUUUUAAUUUUCCAAGGACUCAGCAUCAAGCUUGUGCACCCAAGACCUGAAGGAGGUCAGCGUUCCUGGGCAGGUGGCUGUCCUGCUUUCUUGGCCGAUUCUAGGAGUGAGGGAGGGACGCCUGUGCAGCAAGAUGCUCGGGACCACACGCAUGGCAGCGGUGGGGAGCGGGAGAGGAGCCAGGCUCUGCGAGGGGCUGAGGCUGGCGUGGCGGCUGUCUCCGCCCACUGGAGAGCUGCGCACUGCUCCUUCUGUUGAGCCCUUGCAAAGCAAAAAUCGCUCUCCUUAAACUGAGAGAGUCCCAUCUGGGGGUCGCCUCCAAACCCCUUUCCACGCCCACCCCCCCCCCAGUACAGCUUUGGCCACCCACAUUUGAGAAUAGGAACUAGGGAACAAGAACUGGAUUAUAUCCAAUGAUGGGCACCUUAUUAAUGGGACUUUACAUGACUACAAUUGACUUAAAAAGUGAAAGGGAACAGACCCAAUAACCACAGAAGAAAUUAGAAAGAAACUGACAAAUUGAUCCUAAAACAAUAUGGAAUUGCAAGACUCAGAAGCCAAAACAAUCUUAAAAAAAGAACAAAGUUGUAAGACUCACAUGUCCCAAUUUUAAAAACUACUACAAAGACCUAAAUGUAAGAGCUAAAACUAUACAACUCUUAGAAGAAAACACAAAUGUUAAUCUUUGUGACCUUGGAUUAGGCAACAGUUUCUUAAAUAUGAUACCAACAGCACAAGCAACAAAAGAAAAAAUAGAAACCUUUGUACAUCAAAGGACACUAUCACGAAAGUGAAAUGGAGGCUUCCCUGGUGGCACAGUGGUUAAGAGUCCGUCUGCUAAUGCAGGGGACACGGGUUCGAGCCCUGGUCCGGGAAGAUCCCACGUGCCGCAGAGCAACUAAGCCCGUGCACCACAACUACUGAGCCAGGGCUCUAGAGAGCCUGCGAGCCACAACUACUGAGCCUGCGCGCCUAGAGCCUGUGCUCCACAACAAGAGAAGACACCGCAGUGAGAAGCCUGCUCACAGCAACGAAGAGUCGCCUCUGCUCGCUGCAACUAGAGAAAGCCCACGCACAGCAAUGAAGACCCAACGCAGCCAAAAAUAAAUAAAUAAAAUAAAUAAAUUUAUUUUUUAAAAAAAGUGAAAUGGGAAAAAGUAUUGGCAAAUCAAAUAUCUGAUAAGGACCUAGUAUCCAGAAUAUAUAAACAACAACAAAAAGACAACCUAAUUAAAAGAUGGGCAAAAGACCUGAAUAUACAUUUAUCCAAGAUUUUCAAAUGGCCAACGAGCACAAGAACAUCAUUAGUGAUUAGGAAAGGCCUAUCAAAACCACAAUGAGGGGACUUCCCUGUUGGUCCAGUGGUAGAGAAUCCGCCUUCUAAUGCAGGGGACACGGGUUUGAUCCCUGGUUGGGGAACUAAGAUCCCACAUGUGGCGGGGCAACUAAGCCCGCGUGCCGCAACUAGAGAAGAGAAAAGCCGCAUGCCACAAAUAGAAGCCCGUGCCACAACGAAAGAUCCCGCGAGCCACAACUGAGACCCGGCACAGCCAAAAAAACAAAAACAAAACAAAACAAAAAAAUUCAAUGAGAUACUACUUCACACCCAGUGGAAAGGCAGUGAUUAAAACAAACUAACACAGACAACAACAAGUGUUGGUGAGCAUAUGGAGAAAUUGGAACCCUCGAACAUUACUGGUGGGAAUGUAAAACGGUGCAGCUGCUGUGGAGAACAGUUUCGCUCUUCCUCAGUAACUUAAAGAUUUACCAUCAGACCCAGCAAUUCCAAUCCUAGGUAUACACCCAAGAAAACUGAAUACAUGUCCGUACAAAAACUUGUGCGCAAGUGUUCAUAGCAGCAUUAUUCAUAACAGCCAAAAAGUGGAAACAACCUAAAUGUCCAUCAACUGAUGAAAAGAUAAAUAUGGCAUUUUGUGUAUUAUUCAGCCAUAAAAAGAAAUGAAGUGUAGACACAUGCUAUAGCGAGGAUGAACUUUGAAAAACAUUACGCUAAGUAAGAUAAGCUAGGCACAAAAGGCCACCUACUGUAUGAAUCCAUUUAUAUAAAAUGUCCACAACAGGCAAAUCCACAGAGACAGAAAGUAGAUUGGUGUUUUCCAGGGGUUGGGGGCGGGGAAAAGGAGUGACUGCUGAGGAGUUGUGGGGAUUCUUUUGGGGAUGUGCAGUGUUCUGUAUUUGGCAGUGGUAAAGGCUGGACAACCUUGUGAAUAUAUAAAAAUCGCUGAAUUCUACGCAUUAAAAGGGUAAAUUUUAUGGUGCAUGAAUUAUAUCUCAAUUUGAGAAACAA